AUGAUCAAGAUUGACCCUUGGUUCUUCACAGAAUACAAAAUCAUGAUCACCAUCGAUCUGGAAAUAAUGCGAUUUCUGUGGUUGUUUCUAGCACAAUGUCUUCCUUGUGUUAAUCUUAUUGCGUUGAUAUAUGACACUUUUAGGAUUGUGAAAUUGAGUUUGGAGGGUGUUGGAGGUGAUGGUGCCUCAGCGGCUGCAGCAUUGAACCAGCGGAGGCUUGAACAUUCAGAACUUUUCCAAUACUAUUUAGAUAAAACUACUCCUCAUGCUACAUAUAGGUGGAUUGGAACUUUUGUCUUAGCGUUGCUUUAUGCUCUGCGGGUUUAUUAUGUGCAGGGAUUCUAUGUUGUUACCUAUGGUUUGGGCAUCAUCUAUAUACUCAAUUUGCUGAUCGGUUUCCUGUCACCUCUUGUUGACCCUGAGCUGGAACCUUCAGAUGGACCUAUGUGGCCAACCAAAGAUUCAGAUGAAUUCAAGCCUUUCAUACGUCACCUGACAGAGUUGAAGUUCUUAUAAUAAUUCCUGCUUUAUAAUGGUUUUUGCAUUGCUAAUUUCACGGAGAAAGGGUUUGUCAUCUGUACACUAGUUCAGUUUCCCUUGUCUCAAUUGUUAAAUGUUCGCAUUUUUCUUCUCUCUUGGUAAACUUUGACCAGUACUUACUGAUGCAGUAGAACCUCCUUGCACAUGUGAA